UGAGGAGGCCACUGAGGCUAUCGUUCAAUGGUGUCGAGGUGCCUCAACGUCUCGCACGAUUAGGUGUUCAGGCUUGAUAACGUCAGGCCUCGCCGAUCUAGACAAAGAUUCGAUAUAUAUAAGCCAACGUCGGUAGCUCGCCUCACUACUUCCUCCCGGUGGCGCGUGGGAGCUUGCGUCCUGGCUUUGGUUUUCUUAUCACCACGUGCUGCGACAUUGUCUCACUCCAACGAGAGGAACUAUCCGUCCCCUUCCAAGCUGAGUAGCCAGUAAAUAUCCAUCCACGCGUGGCGUUUCUCCACGAUCAGAGGAAAGUAGCCAUGGAGGCCGCCGUGCAGAGAGAGGGUCUCGUUAUCCCGCUUAUCGACUUCUCCGCAUUCUUGAACGGCAAUCCGGAGCAGAGAAGGGAGACGGCGAAGGCCAUCCUCCACGGUUUUCAGACGGCGGGCUUCAUCUACCUCAAGGGCCUGCCCAUCACAUCGGAGUACCGAAAACAUGUGUUCGAGACCUCGGCUAAGUACUUCCGGCUGCCAACCGAGACCAAGAUGUCUCACUGCUGGACGACGCCAGAGGCGAACCGGGGCUACUCUGCCCCCGGCCGCGAGAAGACGACGUCGCUGACGGAUAGGGAGGAAGUGCAGAGGCUGCGGGACACCGUGCCCGACAUUAAGGAGAGCCUCGAGAUCGGGCGCGAGGACGAGCCGGGGCACCCGAACCACUGGCCCGAGGAGGAGGGGGAGCUGGUGGGGUUCAAGGAAACGAUGCUCGGGUUCCACACCAAGUGCAAGGAACUGCACAUAGAGGUGAUGCGGGCGAUCGCGGUGGGGCUCCAGAUCGAGGAGACGUGGUUCGACGACUACACGGACGUUGGGGACAACACGCUGCGGCUGUUGCACUACCCCGAGGUGCGCAAGGACGUCUUCCGGACCAACCCAAGCCAGGUGCGGGCCGGGGCACACAGCGACUACGGAUCCAUCACGCUGCUCUUCCAGGACGCGCGAGGCGGCCUGCAGGUACGCAGCCCGACGGGCGUCUUCGUCGACGCGACGCCGAUCGAGGAUACGUGCGUCGUCAACGCCGGCGACCUGCUCGCCCGCUGGAGCAACGAUAACAUCAAGAGCACCAUCCACCGCGUCGUUGAGCCGCCCUCACGCAACGACGAGGACACCUAUGGCGCCCGGUAUAGCAUCGCGUACUUCUGCAACCCCAACUUCAAGAGCUACAUCGAGGCGAUCCCCGGGACCUACGCGGCCGAGGCGGACCGCAAAUAUGAAGGAAUCAACAGCGGCCAGUACCUCGUGCAGAGGCUGACAGCCACUUACUAGCCGGAGGGAGGAAAACGGAGUAAAACGGCGUGCGGGACGAAGGUGCGUUGAGUGGUGGGCCGUAUGUAGCGUGACAGAAACGUGGUGUCUGGUCUGCGGGAGGGGAAGAGAGAGCGAUCGAGUGAGACGGAGAAGGCGUUGGAUAGAUUCGACCUAUGCAGUGGCCCACUCAGGGAUCCUAGGUGUGAUUCCACGUCUCGUGUGCGAUUCGUGGCCGUGCUGGAUCCGGGAUGAGACGCCAUUUGACCCGCUUGACAAUGGUCGAUGGAACCCGCGGUCGUGGGCGAUAGAUAUUGGGUCGAAAACGGUGCUCCUAUUCGCGGUGGGUUCUGUUGAUCAUCGUUUUUUCUUCCUCUUCGCCUCGUCCCGUCUUCCUAUGCCUUAGGGUACGAUCCGAGUAUCCGCAGGCUCGAAAUCGAACCGCUACAAAAUCAUUAGAGUGUGUUGAAGACCUGGUGCUUCUAUAUGUUGGGGCUCCUGCUACGUAGGUAGUAUAUCACCUAAGUCGCAUGGUGCGCUCGGUGUUGCAGGCCAUAUGUACAUAUGCAAUAUAUGCCGCAAAGCCGUGGGGAGAGCCGAAUAAGGGAAUAGGCGGUCGCUGCAGCGUUAGUGACGAUUAGUGGAAUCGGCCCUACG